CCGUUACCUCUUCCAGGAAGUAAACGCAAAAAAAAAAAAAAAAAAAGACCUGUGAGAGGAGAGAGCCAGAAACAGCAAGCUGUGCUUCAAAGUCCACGACACCAGGCAGAAAUAAUAAUGUCCUUAACGGCUUUGACAUCUACAUACAGACUGAGGUCCCUCUGCAGACUGCAGCGAAUUCAGGGCCACAUGAUGUCCAGUCAUGUGGAACCAGAUGUUCUCAUGGAGAAAGUGGGCAGAGCCGGUGUGAUCACCAUGAACAGACCCAAAGUGCUGAAUGCCCUCAACCUGAACAUGAUCCGACAGAUCUACCCUCAGCUCAAGAAAUGGGAGAAUGACAAGGAAACUGACAUUGUCAUUAUUAAAGGAGCAGGUGGGAAAGCCUUCUGUGCUGGUGGAGACAUCAGAGCGGUCACAGAGGCGGGGAAGGUGGGUGACCCUCUUGCACAGGACUUUUUCCGUGAGGAAUACAUUCUCAACAAUGCUAUAGGAACAUGCAGGAAACCAUACAUCGCCCUCAUUGAUGGAAUAACAAUGGGAGGGGGCGUGGGCCUGUCAGUUCACGGACGGUUUCGAGUGGCCACGGAGAAGAGCCUGUUCGCCAUGCCGGAGACUGCCAUCGGGCUUUUCCCUGAUGUGGGCGGUGGCUAUUUUCUGCCAAGGCUCCGGGGGAGGUUGGGUCUGUUUCUGGCUUUGACGGGCUUCCGCCUCAAAGGACGUGAUGUGCAGAGAGCUGGAGUUGCCACUCACUUUGUAGAAUCUAAGAAGAUCCCAGACCUGGAAAAGGAGCUGGUGGACCUGAAGUCUCCCUCUGCUGAAGACGUCACCAGAGUGCUAGACACCUACCAGACCCAGAGCAGUCUGGACUCUGAGAAGCCUUUUGUCUUGGACAAGCACAUGUCUGAUAUUGACAGGCUUUUCGGCUCCGGCAGUGUGGAGGGAAUAAUGCAGAACCUGAAGGCAGACGGCUCCGAGUUUGCUAAGAAACAGGCUGAGACAUUGUCCAAAAUGUCUCCCACAUCCCUGAAGAUCACCUAUAAGCAGCUGCAGGCGGGUGCCUCUCUGAGCCUGCAGGACGUGUUGGUGAUGGAGUAUCGACUGAGCCAGGCCUGCAUGAGGGGCGGCGACUUCUAUGAGGGUGUAAGAGCUGUUCUGGUUGACAGGGACCAGAAUCCCACAUGGAACCCGUCAACACUGGAGGAGGUGUCGGAGCAGAGCGUGGACCAGUGCUUCUCCUCACUGGGAGAGAAGGAUCUGACUUUCUGAAGGCCCGUCACCCAGCAGCUGUUUCCCACCUUCAAACACACACCACUAAGCCUUCUGUAAACGGAACGCUUCCUGUCCCCACAUCCCUGUAUGGUCAUUUGAGAGGACUGUACUGCCGAGGGUGGGAGAGCUUCUGUUGUUUUCUGACAAGUACAUAAAUAGGUCAUAUGCGUUAAUGGUUUGAAUCUGUACCAUUUCAUACCGUAGAACUUUUUCUGUUCCUCUGGUGACAUUUAACAGGAAUAUUCAGACUUGUACAGGCUGCUAUUCUGCAGCUGAGGAGAAGGUUUCACAGCCAGGCAUUGAAAAUAGUAUUAGACGAGAUAGCCAACAGACACCCUGUGUGUCACACAUAAAAAAUGCUCAGUGUAAACUUGCUCUGCAGUGGAAGCGCAGUCUUUUCUACACGAGCUGUGGGGUGGUAACUCUUCUGCUGCAAAUUCAAGGAGGCGAACAGCAGCGAGCACAUGAGAAGAAAAAAAAAUGAUCUCACCAUUGAGUGCAUUAUUCCAUUUCCUGUGGGCGUUUGUUGUUGUGACAUGGCUCAGCAUCAUCUGUAUUUCUGCAGGGUGGUCAUUUGUUCUAAUACAUAUGACUUAUUGUCUCUGUUUCA